CGUUACUUAGUUUCUUGCUACGUUUGUACUUAAUCAGUUGUGGGAUUUUCCGUUUGGAUAGUUUGUUAACAGAUUAUGAAUAAUUUCUAAAUAAUGGGAGAAUUCGAGACAAAUGUAUCUAAUUCGGAUAAGUUUGAAACCCUCUCCUUAAAUGAUCCACCUGAUUCAAAUGAAAUCCGUAAAACCUCUGUUCACUUAAAAGAAGGAUUUUGUGAUGAUCAAGGAAAUUUAGGUCAGAAAGAGAUUGAAAUUAAAUCGGCUCUAGUGCAGCAAACUAAAGAUCUAUAUGAACAAUAUGCUCGGGAACAGUUUCCUAAAGAUUUAGAAAAACAAAAGGCAUUGGUAACCGAAAUGCAGGACCAAUAUUUUGAACACUACCUCUCCGAAGUGUAUAGGUUCCAACUUGUUCAUCAACAGCAGCAACUUGAACAAUUACGAGCGAUAAGAUCGGCUGUGAAAGAUUCUAACGAUGGGAAUGCUGAAUCUGAGAGAGAUUUUCCGGAACCAUUACCUCUCAUUCCUGCGACAAUAUGGACUCGUAAAGAUAUUGCAGAGUUCAAACGAGAAAUUCUCGAUGUACAGAAGGAAUGUUGUAUAAAGAUAAAUUCUUUAGCAACUGCAACAGUACGUGUUCCAACUCAUCCAAAUGGGAAAGCAAUAUGUUGGGAAUUUGCUACAGACAAUUAUGACUUAGGUUUUGGAUUGUAUUUUGAAUGGGAUUUGGAACCGCCUGAAAAUAUUUCUGUUAAUAUUUCGGAGUCAAGUGAUGAAGAAGGCGGUGAAGAUGAGGAUGAAGAAGGAACUAGUAAUGGAAAUUCUAUGGAACAAACGUCGCCUGAAAACGAAAAUAAGGAAUCUCAUGAUUUGGAAUUAGGCAAAAAGUCAUUACAACAGCGUUUACCUACUGACGAACUUAUACCAAUCUAUAGAAGGGAUUGUCAUACAGAAGUUUAUUGUGGUAGCCAUCAGUAUCCAGGUGUUGGUGUAUAUGUAUUCAAAUUCGACAAUUCGUUUUCUCUCUGGCGUUCUAAGUGGCUGUAUUACCGUAUUUUCUAUACUCAUUGAGUAGCUUCACACAGCCACCGUUCGAAACAUUGAAAUUAUGUUGUUCACAUUCUCCACGUUACUUCCGAUUCAAAUUUACUGUGAACCACUUUGGUUCUCCUUCCCAUUGUUUUAUUUUGACAUUUUGCAAAUUGCUUCUGAUCUCAGCA